GCUUCCAGCGCUAUUUGCCGGACUCCUUUGGCAGCGGCUGUCGGAAUCCGUGGGAUUUUCAUUAGAUGCCCAGUUCUGAGCGUGCCGUCGGCUCUACGUCGUGUUUUCUGCCAUGAAUGCGGUUUGAGAAACGCGACGCAUUCUCGGCGGCUUUCCCGUGAAGGCCCUGCGACCUAGGGGACCACUCGAUUGCUUCUUCACGGUCACCGCCAGCGAUAAUCCGGCACCAUGUCUGCUUCAGCCAUUUACAUACUGGACCUGAAAGGCAAGGUGCUGAUAUCGCGCAACUACCGUGGAGACAUAGAUAUGACGUGCAUCGAUAAGUUCAUGACCCUGCUCAUGGAGAAGGAGGAGGAAGGAUGUGUGACGCCCAUCCUUCGGCACUCGGACAUUGCCUUCAUGUACAUCAAGCACAACAACCUCUACCUGGUAGCGACUUCAAAGAAGAACGCCAACGUUGCUCUCAUAUUCGCAUUCCUUCAUAAGAUAGUUACUGUGUUCAGCGAGUACUUCAAGGAGCUGGAGGAAGAGAGCAUCCGGGACAACUUUGUCAUCAUCUACGAGCUGCUGGACGAGCUGAUGGACUUCGGCUACCCGCAGACCACGGACGGCAAAAUCCUGCAGGAGUUCAUCACCCAGGAGAGCCACAAGAUGGAGCUGCAGCCGCGGCUCCCAAUGGCCGUCACCAACGCCGUUUCCUGGCGGUCCGAGGGCGUCCGCUACCGCAAGAACGAGGUUUUCCUCGACGUCAUUGAGUCGGUCAACCUGCUCGCCAACGCCGGCGGCAGUGUGCUGCGCAGCGAGAUUGUGGGCUGUAUCAAGAUGCGCGUCUACCUCUCGGGCAUGCCGGAGCUUCGACUGGGUCUCAACGAUAAGGUCCUCUUUGAGAGCACUGGCCGGGGCAAAAGCAAGUCGGUAGAGCUGGAGGACGUCAAGUUCCACCAGUGUGUGCGACUGUCCCGCUUUGAGAACGACCGCACCAUCUCCUUCAUUCCACCAGACGGCGAGUUCGAGCUCAUGUCGUACCGGCUCAACACCCAUGUGAAACCCCUCAUCUGGAUCGAGUCUGUCAUCGAACGCCAUGCCCAUAGCAGAGUGGAGUACAUGGUCAAGGCCAAGAGUCAGUUCAAGCGCCGGUCCACUGCCAACAACGUGGAGAUCGUGAUCCCGGUGCCGCACGACGCAGACACGCCCAAGUUCAAGACAACCGUCGGCAAUGUAAAAUAUGCACCCGAGCAGAAUGCUGUCGUCUGGAGCAUCAAGUCCUUUCCCGGUGGCAAGGAGUACCUCAUGCGGGCGCAUUUUGGCCUGCCCAGCGUUGAGAGCGAAGAGACGGAAGGACGAGCGCCAAUCCAAGUCAAGUUCGAGAUACCCUACUUUACAACUUCCGGUAUACAGGUCCGCUACCUGAAGAUUAUUGAGAAGAGUGGCUACCAGGCGCUGCCCUGGGUCCGCUACAUCACGCAAAAUGGAGACUACCAGCUUCGCACAAACUGAACAUUGGUAGACAAUAAAUGGCAGUCAGUGUACCUCGCACAGU